AUGGCAGUUGGUCUCAAGUGCCCUAAACUGAAGAGUCUGUGCUUUUCAUGUCGUUAUAAUAGUCCACUUCGUUGUAUUUGUCGGAAUAAUCAACAAAUGUAUCCAUUCUUGUCGUGUCUUCUCUUCCGUAUGAUAAGCGAAAUCUUCGCCACUGUUUUGAUAGACAUUCACAACGGAAUCGUGACAUCAAUAAUAAUGAUUCAAACCCGACCUGACAACAGCCCAUUAGACAGCCCUGAAGGCAACACUCACAACAGACUUGACAGCACUCAUAACAGCACUCAUAACAGCACUCAUGUCCACCUCCACUAUCAACAGCUAAUUCAUAGUCGGUUGCAUUACUGGAGGGUUGAGCGCACACAACGGGUGUAUAACCAAGUACUUAGAGAGACAAUGCGGUGCAGAGGACUCGACACUAUCGAAAAGCACCCUCAAGACAGCCACGGAUACAGCCACCACAACAGAUCAGACAACACGUGGCACAGCAUUGGCCACAAUCGGCACACCCGGCGCCACAAUUCACACCAUUACAGCACAUAUGACAUGAGUGCGGAUCACAACAGCGACAGCAAUGAUGUCCACCUCCUCUAUCAACAGCCAAUUCAUAGUCGGUUACAUUACUGUAGGGUUGAGCGCACACAACGGGUAUUGUAUUCACAGAAUAUUCCUGAGGCUGUUGUGGUGUUUGUGUCAACAAACCGGUGCUCUCCUGUGGAUCCGUUUCAUCGAUGUCUCGCACGUCAUAACCUCCGCCUCCCUAUGUCUCACUCUAUGAUUGACUCCAAGUAUUCAAAGGACUCUUUCGAUAGAUUUGGUGACGAUUUGUGCGAAGAGUUGUUGUCUUUCCUCACAUUUGAAGACCGAUUCAGAUAUGAAUGCAUUUCAAGACAAUGGCAUCGAUUGACUCGAAGACACGACAAGAAUACAUUAUUUUGUUGA